AUGCAAAGGGUGGAGAUGCAAAUUGAGCGCUUCGACCUCUUUCGAGAAGACAUCGAGGAUUUGGUCAAGCUCACAGUGGACAAGAUGGACAUGUAUCACAUCGUCGGCGCUUUGUUUCUCAGUUUCACCGCCCUCGUCUACUGCGAGGGCAUCAUCAACGGCCCGCAGCCGCCUUUCUUUUUGGGACA